CGUUCGCGUUCACUCGCCGCUCACCGUUCGAGUUCGCAUUCGCGUUCGUCUGGAAGCCACGCUGCUCUGCUUCAAACUCUGCGACCAACCCGCGCGCUCCACCUAGCCGUCGAACUGCUCUCUUUUGUCGCCGCCCUGAAUUAUGAUUAACACAUGACCAUGACUCAAAAUCUAUUUGGCUGCUCACCAAGUGUUUGCCAAAAGUCCUCUACGAACAGAGGAAAACAAAGGUGCUUUGUUAUUAACUUCCAUCUAUUUGACUCAAAUUAUCUCCUUUUUUGACUAACUUCGAACAGGAUUCAUGUUUCUUGAGUCACAAGGUGCCUUGGGAGUAUAUUAAUUCACCAAGAAUGGUCAUUGCAGUUACAAUGCAUAGGUUUCUUUUACCUUUUCACCCUCUUUUGAACCAGUGCCAUUUGGUACGUUCGGUGUCAUCACUGCAAAAGCUUGAGAAGGAUAUUAGAGCUGAAGUGGAAGCCAAAAACUAUGUUAAAAUCCCUGACCUUCUCAUUCCCUUAGAGUCCUGCCAUAGUUCAAAGAAUAAUCCUUUUUCUUUCUUUUCUUCAUUUUCCCAGAACAUGCAAGUGCAAGUUAUUGAUGAAAUGUUGCAAUCUUUUAUACCUCUCAGACCUCGCUCUAAGCCUAAGAUAGCCCUUUCCUUCUUGCUAACUUACACCCUCCAAAGUUCUCAUCCGCUCCCAAUUGCACUUGCUGUCCUACAACGGACUCUGCGUUCUGGCUGCUUUCCAGUUCCUCAGACACAUGUUCUCCUCACUUCUGCUUGGUUGGAUCACCGUUGUCUCUCUCAUUCUGUAGCUAAUGUUUUGCUUGAGAUGCAGUCAAUUGGAUAUCAUCCUGACUGUGGGACUUGUAAUUAUCUACUAUCGUCUCUUUGUGCAGUUGGUCAAUUGGCAGAGGCAGUUAAAGUCUUGAAUGGCAUGGGUGGAGCAGGAUGUAUUCCCGAUUUUAAUAGUUAUGGCAUUGUAAUUGGUGCAAUAAGCAGAGCCAGAAAGACUGCUGAGGCAGUGGACUUGAUGAAGCAAAUGGUUGUGAAAUAUGGGUUGACUCCAGGACAGGGAACACUAGUGAAACUGUUUGCAGCAUUGCGGGCAAACAGGGAGAUAUGGAAAGCUGUUGAGAUGAUUGAGUUACUGGAGAAAGAGGGUCACUCUGUUGAGUUCGAGAGUUAUGAGGCAGUCAUUGAAGGGUGCUUGGAGAAACAUGAGUAUGUUUUAGCUGGAAAGGUUGCAAUGGGAAUGACAGAAAGAGGUUUUAUACCAUAUAUCAAGUCCAGGCAGAAAAUAAUUGAAGGCCUAGCUAGCAUAGGAGAGUGGAAGAUAGCUUGUGCUGUGAGACAAAGAUUCACAUCACUAAAAUCUUAGCUUUGAAAUUAUUUAGAAUUGUCAAAUAACAAUUCUUGAUGUUGAAGGAGUGACUACGUAAUGCAAUAAAAUUAUGGAUUUUCAAAA